AUCAGAAAUUCGAUACCUGCCCUGGACCCCCCUUCCCGGGCAGCAGGCAAACAGCAACAGGAAGCCGGCAGCACAAUGACGACGCCCCCAAUUGCCACCCUCGCGGAUCGGGCGCGGGCCUUCAAGGCGCUGCACGUGCCCGGGCGGCCGCUGGUGCUGGCCAACGUGUACGACGCGGCAUCGGCGCGGGUGGUCGGGGCGCUGCCGGGGCGACGACCGUGUUUAUCUUCUGGCCGCGGAACAAGGAAAUGGCCGAGGCGGACGUGCAGAAGGUGAUCGAUGGACUGGGCGGGCGGGUCAACCUCCAGCCGCGCAAGGCCUCGCCGGUGCAGCCGAAGGCGCUGAGGAGCGCCGAUAUUGCGAGGAUGGGCGCUGCGAGGAUCAGCGUCGGGCCGCAGCUCUACAAUGCUGUCGUGGCCACGCUCACGGCGGCGGCGAAUGAGGUCUUUGCUGUGUAAUUAGGUAUCGAUUGG